GACCGCGGCGGCCCUGUUGUGAGUGUAGCUGUGUUUAAACUUAAAGUUGUUCUUGCAACUAGAGGAGCUGCAGCUCCGUGUCAUUGUCGUCCUCGUUCAUGGUGUCAUAUCCAAACUCGUUCCUCCUGUCCUCGUCCUAUUUCUUGCUGUCGUUGUCGUUCGAUGUUGAUCUUCUUCGUUCACACCGAGCGCGGGCACAAAAGAUACCUUGACAAGAACUUCACCCAGCGUCAGUGUUGCGUUUAAUUUCCGUUCAAACUGUAAGUGGUGUGGUGUCGCAAUAAAAGUUGAACAACCUCAACCUCGUCCUCCCUAGCAACGUGGGGAUCGAUGCAAGUUAAUUUGUCCAGAAUGCGUCUAUAUGAAAGUGUUUUCUUUGAAUUUCGACAGAGAAGCGCUUAUAUCUACCCGAAGAUGAAUCAGAACAAAGUAGAUAAAUGUAUCACGUUGCCCCCAUGUUGCACAUUCUCUUUCA